AUGCCGGAAACUGCGCACUCGGUGACUUCGUUCGAACCGGUCGCAGAUAUGGCCGUCGUGCACCACAUGCUCUUGUUCGGAUGCCGAGAACGAGAAGCGUCCAAAACGUUAAAAAAAGUCCGAGUCGGCGGGAUGUUUUCUUCUUCUUCUUCUUCUACGAACGGCGGCGAAGGAGAACCGAGAGGCGCGGUGUGCGCGAACGAGGACGAGCAGGAGGCAGUUUUGUUCGCGUGGGGGAAGAACGCGGCGCCUUUGCACAUGCCGCAAAACGUCGGGUUCCGCAUCGGCGGCGGCGAGGCGAAGAAUACGUUUAAUAGCUUAGUACUGGAGGUGCAUUAUUUAGAUCCGAAUGGUGCUGUAGAUAGUAGUAACAACAGAAACGGGAAGAGUGGGGUUAUCGUGCACGCGAGGAAAGGAUUUCCGAUCUCCUCGGCGGCGACGUUGGUGUGGGCGACUGGAUUUCAUUUGCCGCCCGGGAAAGAGGAAGUUAAGGUAGAGGCGACAUGCGUGUACGACCAGCCGAGAGCAUUGAAAGCUUUUGGGUUUCGAGUGCACACGCACGAGUUAGGGAGGAGGGUGACUCUUGAGCGAAUGGUCGGUGGCGCUGGCAGAACAGGAAAUCUCGAGAGACGGGGUAAAGGCGUUUUGCUUUUAGAACGGGACCCGCAGUUGCCGCAAGAAUUCGAGCAAAUCGCGGAGAAGAAAUUAAUCAUCGCUCCAGGCGAUGUUUUGAGAACGACGUGUUACUUUAACACCAUGUCGAGGACAGCGGUAACAAAAGCCGGGUGGGGGCACACGAACGAGAUGUGCAAUUUAUAUCUCAUGGUACACUCGGACGAGCCGGCGAGUUUGUCGUGCAUGAGCAAAGGAGGCGCGCCGUUCGAUAUUUCCAUCGGUACCGGAUCGUCGGGAACACAGUCGUUCAUAGGAACGAGACCUUUCGCGACGGAUUUAAAGAUAUCUAAAUCUAAUCCGCCGUUGACGGUAAAGAUGAACGUUCGCGAUAAAGAGACGUUUAGGAUUGGUCAAGUCGGCGGCGUGGUCGUCGAACCGGGUGGAGAGUUCGCGUGGGUCUUUCACAGAGGUCCGAAAGUUGUUUGGGACGAAUACAGCUUCGACGUUGAAACGAACGAGUACGUAGGCUCGAAAACGCCAAUCGAUGUCGAAACAAUUCUCAGAAUUCAUUUAGUCACCGGCGCGAUUGAUCGAAAAUUUGGCAAAGAUAAACACUUCAUGCCGCACGGCAUUUCCUUAUCGCCGGACGCAAAAGAAGUUUGGGUGACAGAUUGUGGCUUGCACCAGGUCAUCACGUACGAUGCGGUCACCGGUAAAAUGUUGAAUGAGUUUGGAACGGCUAUGCAACCGUUUCGGAAAAUGCCCAAUUCGGAAGGACAACAUCACGGCGCGCAAGGCUUUUGCAAACCAACUGCGGUGGAAAUUUUAGCUGAUGGGUCGUUUUUUGUCGCGGACGGAUAUUGCAAUCACCGCGUUGCCAUAUACAACGACAAACACGUGUACGUGGGCGAUACUAUCGUGCGAGACGAAAUGCAAUUAAACGUACCACACGCGUUAGCGAUAUCGAUGGAUGGUACCGAACUCGCCGUCGCGGAUCGAGAGAAUUAUCGCGUCAUGCUUUUCGACAUAGUCGUCGACGCUGAAGGUGGAGGUGAAGUUUCUCUCAAGGAAAGAGCAAAAAUCGAUGUUCGCGAAUAUGGAUUACCGUACGGACUGAGCGCUGUCAAAGCGAACGAUAAGCAACUGGCUGGUUAUUACAUCAUGACUUGGAAUCGAAAAAUCAACGAGCAAUCGACGGUGAAAAUUUUAUCUGCGUGGCCCAUGGACCUUGGUAACCCUCGAGAAGAUAUCGUCGACGGUAACGCUAUUUUCGACAUUGCGAGUUUCGAUAUCGAAGGCGGCGCAGAGUACACGCAAUAUCCGCACGGCAUUUCUGCAUGGUCCGGCGCGGAAACAACCAAAACGUCGCGAAGUCAAUAUUAUGGGAAGAAUGGCGGCUCGCUCCUUCGAAGAAACGGCAUCGACAUCCUCAUCGGUUAUACUCGUGACUUGAUCGAUACAAGCGAAUCGAACCUAAUAGAAUGGUUUUUAGGCGUUGCCGUCGACGACGCCGAAUCGACGGAAAACCGCGCUUUAGUCGAUUUCGUAAACGUUUCGGAAUCGAACGACGCGUACGCCACCGAUCUCGCGUUCAUCGCGGUAUUGAUGCUCUUUUCAUUCUUCAUCUUCCACGCGACGUUAGCCGGAUUCAAUCGAGUCGUUUCCGUGGAUAAGUCAAAUUAG